UUUUUCAUGAGGUAUACAAUUUCUUGGGAUAUAUAAUUCACAUAGAAUUAUAAAAGAAUGAUGUUUACAAAAAGCCCUGAGGAAAACCAACAUAUAAGAUACUGAAAGGGGUGCUGGCAUUGUGGUGUAGCAGGUAAAGCCACUGCCUAUAAUACUGGUAUCUUGCAUGGGCACCAUAUCCAGGUGCUCUACUUCUAAUCAAGCUCCCUGUUAGUGGCCUGGGGAAAGCAGUAGAAGAUGGUCCAAUGUUUGGGCCCCUGUCACCCAUGUGGGAGACCCAGAGAAAGCUCUUGGCCCUAACUUUGGUCUGGCUCAGCCCUGACUAUUGCAGCCAUCUAAGGAAUGAACCAGUAAUUGGAAAGUCUCUGUCUUCUACCACCCUCUGUAACUCAGACUAUCAAAUAAAUAUCUUUUUUAAAAACAAGUACUGACAGAGCAGGAGUGAAUUACACUUAUCAAGGAUGCCCAACCAGGUGGGUAAAAGGAAAACUAACAUAUUUUAUGGCUCAGAAGCAAAUAGAAAAGUAUGUUUUAGAAAUGAUGGAAUAUAGUUAACAUGUUAAAGAGAUGUGAAGAAAAUAGGUUGUUUAUAAUUAUAUAGAUUCUGUGCUCGCUUCGGCAGCAUGUAUAAUUAUAUAGAUUCUAAUUACAGAAAUUUGAAAUUUAGAAAUUACUUUCAUUGUGACGAGACUGAAAGGAAACAUCUUUUCAGAUAAUGUAUCAUAGUAAUAUAAUCAAUGUAAGUUCAAGUUUUGUUGGACAUGGUUAUUUCCUCUUAAAGGUACUAGCAACAAACAUGAUAGGAAACCAAACCACUGUGUCAGAGUUCCUCCUCCUGGGCCUGCCCAUCCAGCCACAGCACAAAAACCUCUUCUACGUCCUGUUCCUGGCCAUGUACCUGACCACAGUCAUAGGGAACCUCCUCAUCAUCAUCCUCAUUCGACUGGACUCCCAUCUCCACACGCCCAUGUAUUUGUUUCUCAGCAACUUGUCCCUCUCUGACCUCUGCUUCUCCUCUGUCACAAUGCCCAAAUUGCUGCAGAUCAUGCAGAGCCAAGUCCCAUCCAUCUCGUACUCCGGCUGCCUGGCCCAAAUAUACUUCUUCCUGUUUUUUGGAGACCUGGAGAACUUCCUCCUUGUGGUCAUGGCCUACGACCGCUAUGUGGCCAUCUGCUUCCCCCUGCACUACACCAGCAUCAUGAGCCCCAAGCUCUGCUUCUGCCUGGUGGUGCUGUCCUGGGUGCUGACCACGUUCCAUGCCCUGCUGCACACCCUGCUGAUGGCCAGGCUGUCUUUCUGUGCAGACAACAGGAUCCCCCACUUUUUCUGUGAUAUGUCUGCUCUUCUGAAGUUGGCCUGCUCUGAUACCCAUGUCAAUGAAUUGGUGAUAUUUGUCAUGGGAAGCACAUUUCUUGUCAUCCCCUUCCUACUCAUCACCAUGUCCUAUGUAAGGAUUGUGUCUUCCAUUAUCAAGGUUCCUUCUGCACGGGGCAUCCAUAAGGCCUUCUUCACCUGUGGCUCCCACCUGUCUGUGGUGUCAUUGUUCUAUGGGACAGUUAUUGGUCUCUACCUAAUCCCAUCAGCCAAUAAUUCUACUGUGAAAGAGACUGUCAUGGCUAUGAUGUAUACUGUGGUGACUCCCAUGCUGAACCCCUUCAUCUACAGCCUGAGGAACCAAGACAUAAAGGGAGCCCUGGGAAGAAUUGACUGUGGAAAGAAGACUCUCUUCUCUCUAGGAUGGUAACAAGUAUUUUUACACAAUUUUAUCCUUUACGUAUACUUAAUUGAUGCUGAAAUAUUAUUCCAAGUUUUUACUGUACCAAGGAACCUCUGUUAAAAUGGUGUACUACAAUAUGCCUGUCCUGUAGUUCAAAAGAGAGUCUGACCUUGGAGACAUGGCCAUACUUCCUCUGACCUCCCCAGAUGACCUUGGAGAGGCAUAGUUUAAGAACCACUACUUUAAAUAACU